UCAUGCUUUGCGGAUUUAUCCUGUUUCCUGCUGCCUCACCCUGGACUCAGAGUUGCCACCGACCCGAAAUUCGACGGGAAACUCGCCGACAUUGAGGACCUCUUUACCAAGUUCAUCGGAGAACUAAUACCAUCCUUUCUGGCGCCAGAUAAGCUGGUGAUCAAGGAAAUCGGAGGACAGAAAGUUACCUGUAGAGAUCUCGUGCAGUAUUUCAAGAGCUACGUCGAGAUAUACAAGGGUGGCUCUUUGCCAGAGCCGAAGACUAUGUUGGAAGCCACAGCAGAAGCCAACAACUUGUCUGCCGUGUCUUCUGGCCGAGACGCGUAUUCCGCCUUGAUGGAAAACGUUUGCGGAGGCGACAGUCCGUAUUUGAGCACGAACGACCUGAACGACGAACACCAGAGAAUCAAGGCCAGAGCCUUGGACGUAUUCUCAAACACGCCGAAAAUGGGCGGCGAAGAGUACUCGGAAAUUUACCAACAAAAGCUGGAACAGGAACUGGAAGACCUUUACGUGAAAUACAAGGCGCAGAAUGAGAGCAAGAACAUUUUCAAGGCGGCCAAGACUCCCGCAGUGUUGUUCACUGUGUUAUUGGUGAUGUAUUUGACGUCGGGAGUAUUUCAGUUGAUUGGACUCACGUUGCCGGCGUUUGCUUGCAAUUUGGCGAUGUUGGCUGCUUUUGCAUCGCUCAUUGUGUGGGCAUAUUCACGAUACACUGGAGAAGGCAGACAGUUCGGGAUUUACAUCGACGGGAUUGCGGAGUUGUUGUGGAAGAACAUGUUGAAGCCGGCGAGCGAGAAAGUGGUACAAAAUGGGGCACAAAAGGCGGCGUUGGUGUCGAUGGGGAAUGUGCUGAAGGAAACUGUGGCGAAAGCCUCGGGGGAUCGGAAGACUCGC